AAAAAAUAAGCGUUGAUUAAUAUUUAAUUCUGAUAUUUGAUAUCCCGUCAUCCCGAUGUUGUUGUAACUUUCUUUGUGAAGUCAAUCGUACUUUGUAAUAUGAACUUUGCAGUAUAUUAUAAUAUAUAACGAAGUUCAUACGACAUUGUGCCUUGUGGUAGUAUCAAUAAUAAUAUUUGGAUAUAUUAUGUUUGUCAGAAAAAUGAUUUACGAUCGGAUAUAACAAUUUGCCAUGUAUACUUCAAAUACGUAAAAAAUGUCUGAUGACAAUGUCUCGGAUGAUGUGCCACUAUUAUGUUAUGAAAUCCCUCAAAGACAAGAUGAUUUUAAUAUCAAAUUAAACUCAAAAAAUGCCAAAAAAAUUGCGUUAUUAUGUGUAUUUUGGUUUAUUGUCAUACACUCAUGCAUCCAUUUGUUUUAUGCAAGAGAUUCUUGUAAGUGGUUGUUAUCAGAUGGACGAUACAAAGGCGAUAUGGGAUGGCAGCCAUAUGGUUGUAUGAUGCAUGAAUAUAGUGAGCUAGAUUGCAGCCGGUGCCUCAAAUACUUGGCAUUUAGAGGGCACCACAAUCAAUUUGUUUUUAUUGGUGAUUCUAGGAUACUGGAUAUGUAUAAUGCAUUCAUUCAUAAUAUUGAACCAAAAGCACAAUUAGUUCAAAGUUCUAAAUUUGCACAUCCCCUUGCAAUUGAUACUGACCAUAAAUUUCACGAUAACCGAUUAAAGUUGGAUGUUAGCUUUAUUUGGAGUCCUUACAUAAUGGAUUCAAUGGUUAAAAAGUUCAAAAAACUGAAAGAUACAGUUGAUGAACCCAGAGUAAUUGUGGCUGGCUGUGCGGUUUGGUCUAUCAUCCAGUCGAAUGGAUCUAUGAAUGCGAUUCAGGACUAUGCUGCUAAUUUAACUCAAUUGAUCAAUCCAAUAAAUGAAAUUUCAUCAAAAUCAACUAUACUAUGGGUUUUGCAAGAACCUGUCGAAGAAAGUAAAUUAGAAAGUUCACUGUCAAUGGUUACUAACCGUUUAAUUGAUUUGUACAACGAAGCUGCAAUGGAUGUGUUAAGUCAGAGUUCUGCUGAAAUGUGGUGGAGUUCAAGGCUAGUGUCACAGGGUGGAAUCAACGACAGCCCUGAUGGUCUUCAUUCUAGUAAUGAAUCACUUAGACUAAGAGCUCAAAUAUUAUUAAACUUGUAUUGUAAUGACCAUAUGAAUUUCAAUGAUGGUACAUGCUGCUCAAGUACUGAACCUCACACUUCUUUACAGACUUAUGUUUUCUUAGCCCUAAUCGUUUGUAUUUUCAUUGGGAUUUGGAUGGCAAUAAGAUAUCGCCGAUACAGACUGUCAAAAAGUGAUUCUUCUUACGUUUUAAUGAUAUCAUUAGCAAAAUUAGGUGUAAUUAUGAUAUAUUUCUACAUAUGUGAUAGAACAAACUUUUUUAUGAAAGAAAACAAGUAUUAUUCUGAUGCCAGUUUUUGGUUACCUGUUGGAUAUGUGUUUGUCCUUGGUUUAUUUUUUACUGAAGAAAGUAGAUUCACUAAAGUGCUCAAUCGAGACCAAACGGAUGAAUGGAAAGGGUGGAUGCAGUUGAUAAUAUUAAUAUAUCACUUGACUGGAGCAAAUAUAAAAAUUUCAAUUGCAAACCAUGUUCAAACAUUAAUUGCAGCAUAUCUUUUUCUAACGGGUUAUGGACACUUUUAUUACAUGUGGCAUAGAAACGAUGCAGGUCUUACACGUUAUUUUCAGGUUUUAUUUCGACUGAAUAUGCUGACUGUAGUACUGUGCAUUUGUAUGAAUCGACCAUAUCAGUUUUAUUUUUACAUACCAUUAGUGUCAUUUUGGUUUACUGUUCUUUAUUUGUUACUCGUGUGUCCACCACGUGUUACCUCAGCAUCAUCCGAAAUCAGACCAGCUCAAUAUUUAUACGUUAUACUUAAAAUAUUGGUGUUUCUUAUUUUCAUUAACAUUUUGUACAUGUCCGAGGUAUUUUUUGAUAAGAUAUUUCUCACUCGUCCUUGGAAAGCACUAUUUGUUACCACCGAUGAUGAUAUACACGAAUGGUGGUUUCGUUGGAAGCUCAAUCGCUUUAGUGUUAUGUAUGGCAUGAUAAUAAGUUUUGUCAUAAUCUUAGCUCAACGGUACAAUUUAAUUGAUGACAGCAAUCAUAGUAAUUUAGUAUCGCCUCGUUUGUCUGUAUUUUCUUUGUUAUUAGCACUCAUUGGAUUACUUGCUUCAACUAUUUAUAAUAUUUUGUGUCAAAAUCAAACUGAAUGCUAUGAAUUAUUAUCCUAUACAUCGAUUAUCCCUAUACUAUGUUAUAUUAUAAUUAGAAAUAUAUCCGGCGUGUUGAGAACACGUUUUUCUAGCUUGUUUGCUUGGUUUGGCCGAAUAUCAUUAGAGUUAAUGGUAUGCCAGAGUCACAUAUGGCUAGCCGCUGACACCCACGGAGUGUUAGUAUUAUUACCAGGUUAUCCAGUUCUCAAUGGUCUCAUCGUGUCUUUUAUUUUUAUUUGUAUCUGCCACGAGUUACAUGAAAUCACAAUCAAAUUAACACCUUUUGCCAUUCCAUCAGAUCAUAAAGAUUUGUUCCGUAAUAUAAUUUGCUUUGUCUUACUGUUAAUACCCCUAGGAGCAAGUGAUGGAAUGUUUUAAGUGUAUUAUUUUAUGUUAAAAGUUUCAACUUAAUUAUUUGUUUUUCUAAAUGUGUAAUUAAAAUUAUUUGACUACAUAUAUUUUGAUAAAUAUUAUAUAAACUUAUUAUAAAAAUAUAUUUCAAUAUGCAUUAUUGUUUAUUAUGUAUUGAUUAGUGGUAAUAAUCAAUAAAAGUAAGACUUAUAACU